UACCUAAUGUUGCGGCCAGUGAGACAACAAACAUGAUAUUGCAUCAACUUUAUGCGCACCCAAACUGUGUUAUUUCCUAAAACAGGGAAUUUGGGGGUGGUCUUCCGUGUUCCCUCAUUGUGUCUUAUCUCCUUCAAGUGCAGCUUCUUUAAUUAGAGACACCUGAAGUUAAUGAUUGCAGCAGCCCCACGGUGAGAGUAUAAAAGACAAGAGAUAGUCUGCUACUUCACCUUCACCUGCCUGAUACCAUGUCCUUCUCUGGAAAGUUCCAGCUGGAGUCCCAGGAGAACUUUGAGCCUUUUAUGAAGGCCAUUGGUCUCCCUGAUGAGCUCAUCCAGAAAGGCAAAGACAUCAAGAGUGUCUCUGAGAUCGAGGAGAACGGCAACAACUUUAAAGUGACGGUCACUACUGGCUCGAAGGUCCUCGUCAACUCUUUCACCAUCGGACAGGAGGCAGAGUUGGAGACAAUCACUGGAGAGAAGGUCAAGGCGGUGGUUCAGCGUGAAGGCAACACACUGAAAGUUUCCUUGAAGGGAAUUGAGUCUGUCACAGAAUUGGUCGAUGGGAACACGAUUGUCAAUACCAUGACACUCGGUGGCAUUGUGUACAAGAGGACGAGCAAACGCAUGUAACAGUCUGCGCUUGGCAUAAUAAAAGUGUGAAAAGGCACAAUUUGUCAUUUUGUAAUUGUCAUUUUGUAAUUGUAAUUCAGUCUAGAUGCCACUGAAGGUAGCAAGUAAUGUAUUUAACUGGCCAGUUAAGUGUAGUUCACUGCAAAUCUCAGAAUGCACUGAAAUAGCUAGUGUCUCUGGCAGUCUAAGUUGUUGGCACACUGGCUUCCCCCUGCAUGCCUUUUGGCCUGUCAACCUACAAAUGUAGG